AUGCAAAGACAUCAUCAGCAUGUCUGAAACUGCUUCUGAGGAAAUGAAGACCACGGUGGCGGUCACAACGACUGCCAAUGCGGAUUCCCCAAAGGUGGUAAGGGACAAGCAGGGCCGCGAUGUUGUUCUGAUUCCACAACCCUCAGACGACCCAGAAGACCCAUUGAACUGGCCGACGAGCAAGAAGAUCACCAUCUUUGCCUGCGUCUGUCUGGCUGCUUUUGCAGCUCAGAUGUCGCCCAAUUCCAACAUGCUCACUUUUAUGUCGCAGGUGCCCGCUUAUCACAAGAAACCAAACGACCUGCUCUACUCCGUGUCAGCUGGUCUCGCAGGCUGGGUUGCCGGCCCUUUCUUGUUUAUUCCGUUGGUUGGGGUGAUCGGACGGAGUGCCGUCAUCUUCUGGAGUCUUGUUUGCAUCUUCGUCGGCCAGAUCUGGGGUGGUGAAAUGACUGGUGUCAACGAUUAUAUUCCCUUCACAAUCUCCAGACUCUUCACUGGUCUUUUCGGUGGUAUCCCAGCUAUUCUGGGCAGUGGAUACAUUAUCGACAUGUUCUUCCUGCACCAGCGUGGAAAGGCCUUUGCUGUUUUCGAGAUUAUAAUCAUCUUCGCCGUCGUGGGUGGAGGAACGCUAGGAGGCUUCAUUGCCAAUAAUAAUCCUUGGGACCUCGUUUUCUGGUGGACUCUGGGUCCGGUUGGAGCUGCGAUGAUUCUGGUCUUUGUCUUUGUCGAAGAAACCACCUACAACCGUGAUGCCGCUGUUCCACGCCCUCCUCUACCUAAGAACUGGCUGGCCAACAGAAUAGCCACUUACUUACCAGGCACACGAACGCAGCCUGCCGGAAAAGGCAAGGAAUUUGUACGACGGGCAAUCAUCCCCUUUCAGAUCACCUUUGCGCCCAUUACUCUUCUGAUGGGAACGUACAUUUUCAUAGCCCUCGGUCUCCCCAUCAUGCAAGCCUCCACUCUAGCCACAUUUAUGGAGCCCCCCGUCAUCGCCGGUGGUUAUGGCUUUUCAUCACUGCAAAUGGCAUUCUUCACCAUGACGGCGUGGGUGGGCAUCAUUUGCGCACAGGUGUAUGGCUUCUUCUUCAACGACCAAACUCCUCUCUGGGUUGCUCGUCGACGCGGUGGUACCUGGCAUACGGAAUAUCGUCUGGCCAACACUAUAUUGCCAUCUAUCCUGCUGCCCAUUGGUCUGGGUCUGUGGGGAGCUGGUCUGCAAUACCAUCUUCAUUUCAUGGUUCUUGCUCUGGGAUCGUUCCUGAUCUGGUUCGGCGCUCUUCUCGCUCUGCCUGUCUGCUAUAAUUAUAUUAUCGAAUGCUUCUUGCACAAUCCUGUCGAGGCCUCUGUCUCGCUGAAUGCAUACCGCGUCACCUUUGGUUUGAUAUCGGUCUUCAUUACUACUAACUGGCAGGCGGCUGUUGGUAUUGGCUGGAUGUGGGGGAUGGGAGCUUUUUUCAUUGUGUUUGUCGAUCUCAUCAUGAUUGGACUUAUUCUCAAAGGACAUGUUGUCCGUCAGUGGACGGCCAAGUUGAGUAAGACUCUUGCAUUCACUGAAGAUGGUGUGGCUAUCAGCACGAAGCAUGAUGUGGUUGCUUAA